AUGAUUCAGACUAGGAGCCUUUUGCUUCUCGCGUUUUUUCUCGUACUUUCAGGUAUUCUUGUAAACUGUUCUCUUUGUAAUUUUGUUUAUAGCUAAUUAUUUAACUCGCACAUAGCCCUGAUUAUCCACCUGCAUGGACGAAUUUGGACGACGGCAUACUUGUUGUUCACUGGUUAUUCAUCUUCGGCACAAGACGCAUUAUGCGUAAAGACGAACCGCUAUAAUAGUUCGUCUACACGCUAAUAUUAGUUAUAGUGAGGACGCAUAGCAAACUUUAAGAUAGUUUAUUCAUCGGGUUAUUUGUCUCUACAUUUGACAAACAAGAUAGACGCACCUCUAGUAUAUAUAAUCUUGUUUCCGUUCAUGCAUAUACAUCGCGAGACAAAUCUCCCACCUCUUUUCUACUGAAAUGUUGUCUGUUCUCACAACUCCUCUUGGCUCUUGUUAUUUGAAUUACGUCAACUUAUUCAUGUUUCUAGAAAGUGCAGUUGAAAGUUUAAAACUUGGACAGCUUUGUAGUUCAAAUUGUGCAAAUAGAGUUCGUGGUUGUGACAGUCAAGGAUGUGGUUAUUAUGGAGCAUCAAGGUUAGUGCUAUACGUUGUACCGUUGCCAUGUUCAGGCUAGUACGUCUCUGCAAUGUCACGCGUGUUCUUAUUAAUGUAAUAUUAUUCAUGUAUAUAGAGAUCACAGGUACAAUUUGUAACAAACCAAACCUGUAACAAAUCAAAAUCGUUUUGAUGAAAGAAAUGGUUUUCGACAUCGUUUUUUAUGGAUUGAACUAAAGUAAUUGUUUUGAUUAAAGAAAUUCUUUUUGACAAUAUUUUCAGAAAGUUUCGAGUAGGUUGACGCAUUUAAUUUUCGACUUGUUACAAAUUUUUCUAACAAAUUGUUAUCGUACUGAUUUUCAACAACUUGACAAGAAAUUGUGAGUACAACCUUGCAGGAACUUCAUACUCCGCCUUGCAUGCAAACAAAUUUUGUUGAACACAUCUAGUACAUCGUUCUGUCUAAACUGUUCUGCCUUCAUUGAUGUUGAUAUUCUAACUAAAAAGUAAACUAUCCGGUGGAAAUUCUCUAACACUUGUAACGGUCCUGUCCUUGCUUUAUUUCAGAGGCAGUCGUACACAUAAAGGGAGUGAUAUAGUGUGUACACCAGAAAGUAUUGUGAUGGCGCCAUUUCCUGGGAAAAUCUUGCGUCGUUCAUUUCCUUAUGCAAACAACAAUGAACCGUACAACAACGGACUGUAUCUUGAAGGAACAGGAGAGGCCACGG